UAGAUUUAUGAAAAUGGUGAGGCUGUCAAUACAAAAAGUGUUAAAUGUAUAUUAAACAAAUCGGAGACUUGCCAUUUUUUGCACAUGCAAUUUUUCUUUCUUGAAUAAAAAUGUGAUCGAAGGUCCUGUGCUUUUCACAAGUAAAAAACAAAGUAACGAGUUCAAAUUGUCCAUGGAGUAGUUUCAUUCAGGAAUAAAUAGAAUGCAAUCCGAUUGCUUCUAGAAAAUGGAAAUAAAAUAGUAUAUCUCUACUCUGUAGUACCGCGCCCGUCCUAAUUUCCGAAUGCCAUCCGUAUUCGUGUCUCCAGAAUUAUUAUUAUUUCUUGACUGAAUAUUAUAAUUCUAAUUGGCAUAACUUGCUUAAUACACUGUGAAAAGAUGAUUCACAUAGUAAAAAAACAGUUGUUGAGGCAUUUUAAGAACCAUAGAGAUGUUAACACAUGGUCAUCUUUAGCAACAGCAUUUAAUUCCGUUAGCACAGAAAAAGUUGGAUUUGAUUUCCUGAAAAAAGAAACUGGAUUGUUUGGUAUAGUUGAAUUAAAAACAGCAGAUGGAUUCAACGUUCUAAAAGAUGAAGCAAUACAUGAAACAGAAGCACUUAUAGCAGAAUGUACCAGCCGAGAUAGAAAAAGAAAAAUGGUAGAAAUUUUUGACGAAAUGUCUGAUACAUUAUGUAAAGUUGCUGAUUUGGCGGAGUUCAUUAGAAUUGCACAUCCAGAUAAAAACUUCAUUACAGCUGCGGAAGAUACCUGUUUAUUUGUUAGCGGUGUUGUAGAAAAGUUGAACACUCGACGCGAAUUAUACAAUGCAUUGAAGCAUGUAGUAACUAAGGGAGAUAUUCAAGAAACUUCUGUCAUAGAUGACCAUGUCGCAAAACUGUUCUUGGUUGAUUUUGAACAAUGUGCUAUUCAUUUGCCAGAUUCUAUAAGAGAAGAUGUAGUACAGCUGAAUUAUUACAUAUUACAAGUGGGUCAAAAAUUUAUGUCUGGUACCGGCCAUACACGAGCGGUAGACGCAAGUAUUGUUCCAGAUACUGUGAAGCAAUUUUUCAAAAUAAAGAAUGAUAAAGUGUAUGUGUCGGGACUUUAUGCGGAUUCUCCUAAUUAUCUAGUUAGAGAGAUAGCAUAUCGGGCAUUUCUACAUCCUAAUGAAGAACAAGAGAAUCUGUUGCAAGAACUUUUAAAUUCCAGACACAUCUUGGCAAAAUUGUGUGGAUUCCCGUCUUACGCUCAUCGAGCCGUGAAGGGAAGUACCGUAGAAACGCCUGAAGUGGUAUGCGAAUUUCUUAAUAUUUUGAAUGAUAAUUUGAAACCAAAAGCGAUGAUAGAUUUUAACGAAAUGCAAAAAAUGAAAGACACAGAAUUACCCGUGAAACAGGAAAUAAUGCCAUGGGAUACGGCUUAUUUUACGGCAAAAGCGAAGAGAACUUGGUUGAACAUGAGUAUUACGGAAUCUGCACCAUACUUUUCGCUUGGUUCUUGUAUGGAUGGUAUUAAUAUAUUGAUACAAGCACUCUUUGGUAUCAGACUUGAAUACGUGCCAAUUUUACCGGGCGAGGUCUGGGCAAAUAAUGUUCAUAAAAUCGCUGUGAUAGACGAGAACGAAGAAACUUUGGGUCACAUAUAUUGUGAUUUCUUUGAAAGAGAAGGGAAACCUAAUCAAGACUGUCAUUUUACUAUUAGAGGUGGAAGAGAACAAUCAGAUGGAUCUUAUCAAAAUCCCAUAGUAGUGUUAAUGUUAUCGUUACCAGUUCCAUCCUGGUCCAAGCCCUGCUUACUCAGUCCUUCUUCUGUAGAAAAUUUGUUCCAUGAGAUGGGUCAUGCGUUACAUUCUAUGUUAGGCAGAACAAAAUAUCAGCAUGUGACUGGGACCAGAUGCAGCACAGAUUUCGCUGAGGUUCCAAGCAUAUUAAUGGAAUAUUUUGCGAGUGAUCCAAGAGUUGUGUCCACGUUUGCAAAACACUUUCAAACUCAAGAAGAAAUUCCAGCAGGAUUAGUAGAAAAAUUGAACACCUCGAAGAACAUAUUCUGUGCUUCUGAAUUACAAAAUCAACUGUGCUACAGUAUGCUGGAUCAAGUUUAUCAUAGCGGAGAAUUGAAAAAACCGUCGACCGAGGUUUUAAAAGAGAUACAAGGAAAAUACUAUCAAUUACCUUAUGUUGAGAACACAGCAUGGCAAUUAAGAUUUUCUCAUCUCGUCGGCUAUGGCGCGAAAUAUUAUUCUUAUUUAAUAUCUCGAGCAAUUGCUUCUUGGAUAUGGCAAACGUACUUUCAAGCGAAUCCUUUCGAUCAAACAGCAGGCAAUCGAUAUCGAAAAGAAUGCUUAGCGCAUGGAGGUGGAAAGCCUCCUUCUACAUUGGUAUCAGACUUUUUGAAUAAGGAGGCAAAUGCUAGUAAUUUUGCGAGAUCUUUGAUACAUGAAAUUGAUACAAAAAUGGAAUACGUACAAAAACUAAGAAAAUAACAAAACAGUUCGGAAUGAAAGUACAUGUUGAAAGAAAAAACUUCGGUCAUCAAGCUCGAUAACCAUAGAUAGUUUCAUAAUCGAAUGUUUUAUCUUGUAAAUAAAAUGUAAAUAUUUGUAAUUAUAUAAUACAUUACAAACAAACAGAUAA